ACGUAGUGUUUCGGGAUUUGCUGAAGUCAAGAAGUUGCUUCCGGUAUUUGAGGCGCUGGGCGUGGCAGCCGGGGCCGUGACAGGAACGGAAUUUCAGUGACACGGGUCCGGGAAAAGGGAAGGAGCCGGAAGCGGGGUGUACGGGAGAGUGGUGCUUGUGACAGGAGUGUGUAGAGCAGAGUUGAAAAUGCCUCGUUUUGCUGCUGGAGAGACCCCAGGAGGGCACAGCUAUGUCUACAAACCGACUAUGAAUGGGGGGCACCGAGCGGAGAAUGGGGUUGUACGGAACGGAUAUGUAAGGAAUGGUGUGUGCCCGGAGGAGAAGUUACCCAAUGGAGGCUUGUACAAGAGACAGUUUAACGAAGCGUUUGAAGAGACUCCGAUGCUGGUGGCUGUUCUCACGUACAUGGGCUAUGGGAUCCUCACUCUCUUUGGAUACCUGCGAGAUUUCCUCAGGGCCUGGAAGAUAGAAAAAUGUCACAAUGCCACGGAGAGGGGUGAACAGAAGGAUUUUGUGCCGCUGUAUCAAGAUUUUGAAAAUUUCUACACACGAAAUUUGUACAUGAGAAUCCGAGAUAACUGGAACAGACCGGUGUGCAGCGUCCCAGGGGAACGAGUGGAUGUCAUGGAGCGGUAUACAGAUGAUUAUAACUGGACCUUCAAAUUUACAGGCAGGACCAUUAAAGGAGUGAUUAACAUGGGCUCAUACAAUUACCUGGGCUUUGCGCAGAAUACUGGCGUUUGUGCAGAUGCAUCCGCUCAGGUUCUUCAUCGGUAUGGAUGUGGGGUGGGCAGCACACGGCAAGAGAUGGGGAAUUUUGAUAAACACGAGGAGCUGGAGCAUCUCGUUGCCCGGUUCCUGGGUGUAGAGGCUGCCCUCACCUAUGGCAUGGGAUUUGCCACUAACUCUAUGAACAUUCCAGCCCUGGCUGGCAAGGGCUGUCUAAUUCUGAGUGACGAGCUGAACCACGCCUCCUUGGUGCUUGGAGCUCGUCUCUCGGGAGCCACCAUUCGAAUCUUCAAGCAUAAUAAUAUGCAGAGUCUGGAAAAGCUGCUCAGGGAUGCUAUUGUGCAUGGACAGCCACGUACACACCGCCCCUGGAAGAAGAUCCUCAUCCUUGUGGAAGGAAUUUACAGUAUGGAGGGCUCAAUUGUUCGCCUGCCUGAAGUGAUUGCGCUAAAGAAAAAAUACAAAGCAUAUCUCUAUCUGGAUGAGGCACACAGCAUUGGGGCCCUUGGCCCCAACGGACGAGGGGUGGUCGAUUACUUUGGACUGGAUCCUAAAGAUGUUGACAUUAUGAUGGGAACGUUUACCAAGAGCUUCGGUGGCGCUGGUGGAUAUAUCGGAGGCAGCAAGGUCAUCAUAGAUUACCUAAGGGCCCAUUCCCACAGCACCGCGUACGCCGCUUCAAUGUCGCCCCCAGUGGCCGAGCAGAUAAUCACUUCUAUGAAGUGCAUAAUGGGAGAGGACGGGAGCACAUUAGGUCAUGAUUGUGUGGCGCAGCUAGCUGAGAAUACACGUUAUUUCCGUCGCCGACUCACUGAGAUGGGAUUUAUCAUCUAUGGGAAUAGUGAUUCGCCAGUGGUUCCUCUGAUGCUGUAUAUGCCAGCAAAGAUUGGAGCGUUUGGCCGAGAGAUGCUGAAGAGAAAUAUUGGUGUAGUUGUAGUUGGCUUUCCAGCAACCCCGAUCAUAGAGUCCAGAGCUCGGUUUUGUGUCUCUGCUGCACACACAAAGGAUAUGCUGGAUCUGGCCCUGAGACAGAUAAGCGAGGUUGGAGAUCUACUACAACUGAAAUACUCCCGGCAUCAGUUUGUGCCAUUACUGGACCGACCCUUUGAUGAAACCACGUACGAGGAGACAGAGGACUGAUACCUACAGGUCAUGGAGUGGGACAUGCUACUAUGCUACCCCCACAAUAUGUUCCCAUCUUGGCAUUAUAUGCCACAUGGACAGAUCACACUGCCCCCUCCUCACAAAUUUCUUUGUUAAUUUUUCCUCUGGGUGGUGGAGAUGAGGUGCCGGUUUAAAUACAUACAUAUAUAUAUUUUCUUUUAUAUAUUAUUUAUUCAGUACGGAACCGGUGAACACUCCACAUCUCUCACAUUCCUUGUCACCCCAAGGCAGCUACACACAGACAUAUAUACAUGCGGGUAUAUAUAACUAUAUAUAAUCACUCGGCAUACAGAAUUCCAGCUGCCUCUUCCUGUCUUCAUAAGAGCAUGAACUUAUCUUAACCCCUCCACUGUCAGAGUGGUUGGGAUGUCAUUAAGUUGGUCACUCUGUCGCUGAAUGGGUUAACUUGGCAAAUAAAUGAUAAAACAGCAUAGGUGCUAUUAAAUGUGCUGUGUUUGUCAGAUUUGGCGGUCUUAGACUUGCAGAAUCAGGUCUGUGUUCAAGUGGGCCCAGAAGUGUCGUCUGAAUGUAUUUGGGGGUUUGGCGACUGGCAGUGCCACAUUUUGUGUGUGAGACUUCUAAAUACCAUGUCUGUGUCUCUGGAGGACCAGUCCAAGUCUUACUAUGUUAAUAAAGAAGCUUGGCCAUAUCUAUCUAUGUGCAUGGAACGGUAUGGCAGUACCAUUUCCGGUUGUGUGCAGGCCUGGUAGCUCUGCAUUCAGUCAUGUACAUGGUAAGGGCCUGGUAGUGCCAUAUCUGGACAUGUGUACGCUGAUGGGCUCGCAGCAAAUUAUCCAUUUAUGUGCAGGGCAAAAACCUGGCAAUGAGCUCCAGCCAUGUGCAUUAAGAGUAGCUUGAGCGUGCCAUCCAGCCAAAUGCACGGAGAGAACCUGGCUGUGCCAUAUCCAGCAGUGUAGAUUUGGAGGAAAUCUGGCUAUGCCAUCUAUAUGCAAGGGGGGCCUUGUAGUGCCAUAUCCAGUCAUGCAUUUGGGUGUCUGGCAGUGCCAUUUCCACUCGUGUGCAUUGGGCAUCUGGCAGUGUGCAUGGUGGUGAGCCUGGUUGGGCCUUCUCAUGGGUACUGGCAGAACCAUAUCAAACAUUGUACACUGGGAAAACAUGGCAGUGCCAUAUCCAGUGAUGUGCAUGGGGUGGGGGUGGGGGGCUGGUAAUGCCGCUCCUUUAUUUGUAAACCCUGUAUUAUUAUUCAUUUGGCAAGUUUCUGGGCACCACUGUGCUCUUUGGCUACAUCAUGGGGGGGACUCUGUGUUGUACAUGUAGCCUAAUUUUUGCCAUCUAACUAGCCUGACCCACCAACCUACAGUAUCUGUGCCUCAAACCGGCAACCAGUAGUUAAUUAAUAAGCUAUUUUAACCUCUGACACCGCUGGUAAAGACCAUAAAAUAUUGUUUAACAAACUAGUUUUGGGAUCAGGGCAAAAAUGUUCUGAGUGGGACCAGUACCUGCUAUGUUUGUGCAACCCUUAAAUAGAUGCACACAUGGGACAUACUUGUUGCAACAAGUAAACUUCAAUGGAUUCUUUAAACUUCACAUUUUUUUGAAGCCUGGUUUUCUGUUUACCUCUUGCACCGUUACAGUCACUGGAAUUUUCUGCAUAUGUUUGCUUUCCCUCUCUAUGUUAAUGUAGAAAUAAACUUAUAAAGUUCUCCAUAUGAGAAUGCGGGUGGCAAGCUGGACUAGUUGCUUAGUGUAAGAACAGAUGGCUACGAGAGCAAAUUCUGGUAUCAUUAUGAAGGUUCAGGAUAAGGACCUGCCGUGAGGUCCAGGCAGGCACGACUAUAGCUGAAGCAGGUCUGUAGCUUGGAUUACAAAGAAGGACCAGUGACUCAUAGUCAGGGCAGUUGGUUCUAGAGUAGAGUUGUCCAUUGUUAAUGCUUGAGAACUGGGCACAGAGCAGAUUUUAAGAUUCUCACAGUUAAAGGGACAGUAAAGUCCUAAUUGGAUAUUCAUGAUUUAGACAGAGCAUACAAUUUUAAACAACUGUCCAACUGACUUAUUAUUUAAUGUUCUUCUUUCUCUUGUUAUACUUUGAUUAAAGGUUUAUCUAGAAAAGCUCAGGAGCAGCAAAGAACCUAGGUUCUAGCUGCUGAUUGGUGGCUGCAUAUAUAUACCGAUUAAAACCAGUAGUGCAUUGCUGCUCCUUCAACAAAUGAUACCAAGAGAAUGAAGCACAUUUGAUAAUAGAAGUAAAUUUAAAAGUUGUAAAAUUGUAUGUUCUUCCUAAAUCAAGAGAGAAAAAAAUUGGGGUUAAUGUCCCUUUAAGUAGGCACAGAGAUUUCCCUAAAAGCUAGUCUGUGUCCAACCAUUGAGGAUAAACAUUUGACAACUCUUCUUAGGACCAGUUUAGUCAAAUCUGUUGCUUAACUAGUGCUCUAGGGUUGGUCUGAGAGACUGGAGCAGUGUUUCUCAACUCCAUUCCUCAGGACCCUUAACAGGCCAGAGUUUCAUUAUAUCUUAACUAAAUCACAGGUGUAAUAAUCAUCUGAAGGGUGAGAGCAGGUUAGUAACCAUGGUUACUGAUCAGCUGAUUAUGUCACCUGUGCUGUAGUUAAGAUAUAAUGAAUAUCUGGCCAGAGUAAGGAUCCUGAGGACUGGAGUUGAUACACACUAGACUAGAGCAUUGUUGGUAUAAAACAUUUGACCACAAGGGGCCAAGGUAAGUUGACUGUUCAGCAAGUACAGUGUUACAGUUGGUGUCUCUUAAAUUCCUCAAAUUGCCUUAUAUGAGAUUCUUUUGGCAUGAAGUCUGGGAAGCUGACCAAAAGUAAUCAACUAUAAAACACUCUGUCAUUAAUUGUUCAGAAUAUUGUUUCCUUAAUUCUUUUGAAGAUGAUUAUAAGACACUUGUAAAUAUGUUUACCCAGAAUUUUAAAACCUAUUGUGUGAAGUUACAGGCACAAGAAUGCAAACUGAUGUAUCCGCUUUGGGUUUCUUUUUAAUAUCGCUGCUAAUAAAAUGCAUUUAUUUUCA